ACGAGAUCAAAUUAAUUUAAAGUUUGUAUUUAGAUCUUUCACCUUUCAAAAAUACUGCAGACAUUUACAGCGCAAGGAACCAUAUUUGGCAUAAUGGGACUAAAAUAACACUGUUCAACCUCCGUCAAUCAAAAUAGAAUGAUUGCAGUGAUUUUUUAAAAAAACAAAUUGCUUCAAAAACUGUAUUACAAUGGUAGUGAGAUUGCAAAUGUGAUAAGGAUUGGAAGACGUAAACAAAAACAAUCGAGCUAUUUUUCUGAAGUACCACAUGCAGUUUAAAGAUUCCAGUGAUUCAUGACAAUCGAUUUUCAUCAUGUAAAAAAAAAAAAGAAUGUGAAUAUGUCACUCAUGACUUGCACCGGUAUGUGCUAAAAGCUUGCUCACUAGCUAAAUGCGAAUUAGAAAUAAUACUGGUGGCUGAUUUGUUAUUUCAAAAAUAUGUUUUUAUGGUCAUUGCUUGCACCUGAGAGUUUGUUAGGUGAAUCUUGAACUGAAAAAUAUAAUGUAACCAGAAUAAAAUGUCCGAGAAAAAAAUACUAUUAUUGUAUUCGUAUUUUAUGAGGAAAAAAAAUCAUCAUCAGCGCAUAACACGGGAUACUUUAUCAUCCAUGUAUGUCAUCAUGGGGGGAUAUUUUAUUUUGUAUAAAUUUGGAAACUUUAUAAUAUUUCUCUUAUUUGCAUAUAUUUAUUAAUCAUCCCAGGAUAAACACAAAUUGUACACAAAUGUAUUUUCUAUGAAUGUAAAAACAAUUCAUUAUUUGCAUAUAUUUAUUAAUCCUACCAAAGGUGCCUAAGAAAUUGAAAGCAACUCUAUGUAAAAGCACAAAAAAAAAUUCUGAUGUGUUCGGGCUGAUUCUCAAAAUUGGAUCGAUAUGCAAUCACUUUUUUUUUUGUUGUUUUUUUACAUCCAUUCAAGCUGACCCUGAGCAAGAGGCGGGAUACACCCCUAACUGUUCUCCAGACAAACACGGGCCACACACAAACAGCCAUUCGUCUUUCCAUUCACAGCGAGUCAAAAAAGCGAGCAAAAGAUUUAUGUGGAGCCUGGACUGCAUUUUGUGUUAGGACCGAGAUACACUGCUGCUGUAAGCAGUUGUGGAUCAUGGAAAAAUGAAAGCUUCCUUUACCUUCCCACCCGUACCUGUCUUCGAUGUUCAGUAAGAAGGGUGUACAACUACUGUGAGUUUAACGUGCAAGACAUAAACUUCUGGCUUUCACAUUAUAUGUCUUUGGCCUGCGGUGGGCUUUUGAUCAACAACGGAAACUGUUGACAGGAAAUGAGAGGGCACACUAAACCGGCAAAUAUAUCGGAGUUCAUCUUUUGGUCUCGUUUUACAUCGUAAAAACACUGUCGCUAAAGUGCUGAAUUAGCUCUACAAGUGGGAACCAAACGACAACAUGUUCUCUUUGAUGAUGUCGUCUGACCACAUUGACAUUUCUGCACCGACAGUCAGUCAGGAAAUGCUAAUGUUAUCCAUCUGCCACUGAGAAACAAAAGAAGCAUCCAAACUCAGACCCUUUAUCACGCAAGAAGAUAAUGACCUAAAACAAAAUCACAAACGAGGAGGAUGUUGAAGACUUUAGACUGGCCAAGACCGUCAGCUGACUUAAACCCUAUUGAGCACGCAUGUGUAGGUUAGUCUCCAAAAUGGCUGCCAUCCUCUUCAAUCCAAAGUACAAACGAGUUCAGGACACAUGAUUGUAAUAAAUACUGAUGCAUUUGUGUUUGGGGUUAAAGUGAACACGAUAGCAAACUCAAAAUAUUUUCAUUUCUUUUGCUUUAGAUGACACACUUUUCUAUUGUCCCUUUGUCAUAGUCCCUCACGUGGUUCUUUGUGUUAAGCUUUUGAAACUUGAUAACAAUACGCUGAUUUGUGUGUGAUUAAUUAUUUUGCUUUGCACAAAUUCUGUUUCUGAAGCAGACCUUCAUAAUACCAGGCUGAUUUAAUUUUUUGGGGGGUUUUGCUCUAAGUUGAUUCAUUGAUAUUGUGAAAUCGUUACCAAUGAAUGAGCGCUAUUCAAAGUGUCAGAGUCUCAAACGGGACGCAACAACUAGAUAGCAAGUCUUGUACAGAAGAGCGUUCACUGAGAAGAGCCGGCUUGGGUUGACACCUGAAACGGCCAAUGCGAUGUCUGUGAAAUUGUCCCCUCCCCUUUUGUGUUCUACGUUUCAAGUCAUUAAACAUUUGAAGCUCUCUGGAGGAACUGCUGCACUUGCUGGGACAACAACGAAAUGCGGACGACGCUUCAUCUGCUGCUCCUGCUGAUCCCGUUUGGAGGAUACACGGGUCAGCCCACCUUCACAACAGAGACCAAAAAAGUUGGACAAAGUGUCUCUCUGGAAUGUCCCCGCAACUCCUCUGAAAUUAUGGCUCUUCAUAUUUGGAUUCGACUUGUUUCUGGAAGCUUUCCAGAAAUCUUAGGUCAGAUGUCAUCUUUUGAUAUGGCAGAACCCAAAACUGCGACAUCAAAGAGUGGACGUCGUAUAACAGUCAAGCAAAAGCCAGGGAAGUUUGUUCUGCAAAUUAGUCAGGUGCAAAAAAUUGAUACAGCGCUCUACUACUGUUUCAAAUUGCCAUCACGGUAUCAUAAAAUGGAAUUUUUGAAUGGAAUAUUUCUACUGGUCAAAGACGACCCAGAAGCAGAGACAGCCGUCACUGCUGUCACUCAUGACUUGCAGUUCAACGAGAGCCGAUCGCAGUGCUCGUUCGUCUCUCGCUCUGGUAAUAAAACGUGUGAGGAUGGACACAACUUUUAUUGGCUCAGAGCUGGACCACAGGAUUCAAAUCCCCACUUCAUUUACACUCAUGACGAAUGUGAGAAAGUGGCAAAGGGCUCCAUGCAGGAAUGCGUUCACGCUUUCCAUAACAACGUCGACACCGGAACGUACUCUUGUGCUGUGGCCACAUGUGGGCACAUUUUUAUGGCAAAGGCAACAAAGGUCAACAUGCAAGACCCCAGCAAGUCUGAUUUCCUAAAGACUGUCAUCUUCGUCAUGGCUGCUGCUUUGACCUUAAUCUCCAUCCUGUCAGCUUUUCUCAUAUACAAGGUCAAGACAAAAACGUUUUGUUGCUGCAUAGCCUGUUCUUCAAAGCAAAGCAAGAACCCUUGUGAUUUUCAAGGCCCUCCGACAUUAAAUAAGGAAGAAAAUGCCCGGCUUAACUCAACUGUGGUUUUCAGCAUGGUGGAAAGCAAUACACUAGAUGCAGCACAGACCAAGGCUUCGCUCAUGACUUGCGCCGUACGUGCUAAAAGCUAGCUCACUAGCUAAAUGCGAAUUACCAACAAUACUGCUGACAAAAAUAUGUUUCUAUUGUCAUUACUUGAAGCUGAAAAUUUCUUAGUUGAAUCUUGCACUGACAAAUAUAAUGCAACGUGAAUAAAAUUUCUGUGAAAAAAUACGAUUAUUGUAUUCAUAUUUUAUGAGAAAAAAAUCAUCAGCACAUUUGGAAAAAAAUUUGACAUUUAAUCAUCCAUGUAUGUCAUCAUUUUAUUUUGUAUGAAUGUAAAAUCUAAAAUUUUAUUACUUGCAUGUAUUAAUCAUCCAAGGAUCCUACACAAAUUGUCCACAAAUGUAUUUUCUGUGAAUGUAAAAACAGUUUAUUAUUUGCACAUAUUUAUUAAGCAUCCCAGGAUCCUAUCAAAGGUGCUGCAGAAAUUCAAAGCAACUGUAUGUAAAAGCACAACAAAUAUCUGAGGUGUUGGCUCAUUGUCAAAAUUGGAUCCAUAUGAAAUCACAAUUUUUUUUAUAUCCAUUCAAGCUGACCCUGAGCAAGAGGCGGGAUACACCCCUAACUGUUCUCCAGACAAACAUAGGGCACACACAGACAAACACGUCAUGUUCAACCUCCGUCAAUCAAAAUAGAAUGAUUGCAGUGAUUUUUAAAAAAAACAAAUUGCUUCAAAAACUGUAUUACAAUGGUAGUGAGAUUGCAUAUGUGAUAAGGAUUGGAAGAUGUAAACAAAAACAAUCGAGCUAUUUUUCUGAAGUACCACAUGCAGUUUAAAGAUUCCAGUGAUUCAUGACAAUCGAUUUUCAUCAUGGAAAAAAAAAAAAAAAGAAUGUGAAUAUGUCA